AAUACCCUAAUUUGUUCCAUCGGCUCAUGGACUACACACACGAUUUUUCGUUGAAGUAAUUGUUAAGUUUCAUUGUCGCGUUCCUUCGCUUACAAGUUGAUGAUUUACCUCACCCAUUCAACAAACUUUUAGCUUAAUCCGAACGAACACUGGUCCACGAGCGGAACCCACUGAGAAUUUGGUAAACUAGAGCUGAAAUCUUUUGUAGAGAGAGAGAGAAAGGAGAAUGAUCGAGUGGGAAGCAAGGAGAAUCUGAAUGUUAAUGGAGAAUAAGCUGAGCUAAGGAUUGGGGAAUUUGCUGGAAAUCGAUUAGUUUCUUCUCUUUUUUUUACAUGAAAUGCUAUCAUGGGUAAGCAACAAUCCUUGCGCAGCAAAGCAGUUCAUCUUGUCUCCGAUAUCACCACCGUUCUUCUCAACCCAAUUUCUGAUAAACCUUCCGUGAGAACGUCUGCUCAUCCUCAUCAUCAUUCGCCUGAGGAUGCGAGCGACCUUAAAGACAACAGUGAUCUAGGGUCAGCUAGUGAACAGGGCUCUGAAUUUUCAGAUGAUGGCCCUGAUACAUCUUCAUUUACUGCAUUCCUGUAUUCCCUCUUGUCGUCCUCAGAAUCGCGGGAAAAUUUGAACUCCGAUGAACACAGUGAUAAUCAGGCCGUGGCAGCCAGUCAGCCAAUGAACAAUGCUGCGAAAGAAACUGUUACGAAGAAGAGCUUGUUUUCUAGGGGAAAACAAUCACUUGGUAGAGCUUUUCAUCAUGCUGCAAGAAUCACUGGCUACCGAAACCAGGAGCGGAAGAGUGAUGUUGAGAUGAAAGUUGAUGAUACUAAAUUUUCUGGAAUUGAGAUGAUGGAGAAGUCAAAUGUAAUCGAGGUUGCUUCAUCGGUUGACGAUGUCCCUGAUGCGUCCGAACCUUCACUGCUCCUUUCGGAAAAAGCUAGAACUAUUCUUUAUGCUUCCCUUCCAGCUCUAGUUCAGGGGAGGAAAUGGCUAUUGCUAUACAGUACGUGGAGGCAUGGGAUAUCACUUUCAACUCUAUAUAGGAGAAGCAUGCUUUGGUCUGGGCUCAGUUUGCUGAUUGUUGGGGACCGUAAAGGUGCUGUAUUUGGCGGUCUGGUGGAAGCACCGCUAAAACCGAGCAGCAAGAAAAAGUAUCAGGGAACAAAUAAUACGUUUGUGUUCACAAGUAUACCUGGCCAUCCUGUGAUUUAUCGCCCCACAGGUGAAAAUUACUAUUUCACAUUGUGCUCACCCGACUUCUUAGCCAUUGGCGGUGGCAGCCAUUUUGCACUCUACUUGGACAAUGACCUAUUGAAUGGAUCAAGUUCGACAUCGGAGACGUACGGAAAUCCUUGUCUUGCAAAUACUGAAGAAUUUGAAGUGAAGGAAGUUGAGUUAUGGGGCUUUGUAUACACCUCACAGUAUGAAGAAAUGCUUGCUUUGAGCCGAACUGAAGCACCCGGGAUUUGUCGUUGGUGAACGAUUUUCAAAUACAACCCGAACUGCAGCUUUACCGAAUGAAUCGACAUCCUGUGUAUCUCAUAACCAUCUAGACAUGAUUAUAUGAUGAUGAAGGCCGAUGAACUAGUUAAAGAAAUGAGAAGGUUGAAUGGGUAUUUCUGAAUCUGAAUCCUUCUCCACACUUGUACAUAAAAACUUCACACAUGUGCAUAUAGAAGUGUGCAGUUUUGCUUUCCUUUACUUGUACCUAACUUUGUUUGAAGGGCAUUGUUUUGUUGGGAUAUCAUAUUCUGAGUAUUUAUUCAAUGAAUGAUUUGCCCUUUUGCUUCUUCUUUUCAAA